CAGCACGCGAAAGGGGGGGAAUAAAGGAAGUUCUUCGGAAACUUUAAGCACAGGAGUUGGGAACUUUUUUUCUCCCCUAGAAGUUGAGCUAGUUCCGUUCGACAUCAGAAAACGGGGGAACUGUUGCGAAUCGGGGGGAAAGAACUUAUAUUUGCUUUUUUAUGCAAACCGUAAUAGACGCGGCUUUUCCCCCUAGUCCGAGAAAAAUUAUAACAUCAAGGGCGAUGCGAUGUGAGUGAGCUAUGCCUUAUAGAAAUGGACAGACUGUAUCCAAGCGAAAACAUGGCGUCUAUUUCUCAGAGUUUGGACUUUUCUCCAGUCUGCUGUUACUCUGCUUCCUCGAAGCAUCGGGCGUCUUGGGGAGCGACAGAGGCUGCAGUCCGUGUCCCACCAACUGUACUUGUUCGCUUGUGGGACCCCAGGAUUCUUGUGUUGUUAAUUGUUCGAACAUUGGACUGGACUGGGGACCCGCGGCGGUGGAUCUCCCGUCUGACACAAACAUUUUGGAUCUGUCCACAAACCGCAUUUCCUCUCUAGAUGCCAGUCUCUUUGAUCCUCUGACUUCCUUGAAGGAAUUGUAUCUUCAGGGUAACCGCCUUACCACUCUUCCUCGCGGGAUCUUUGGAUGUGGGACGCUGUCCGUGCUAGAUUUAAGCAACAACCAGAUUUCUACAUUAGAAGAAAGAAUAUGUGAUAAAUUAUUUAAUUUAACUGAAAUAAACCUGAGCAGGAACCCGUUUGUGUGUGACUGUAAGCUCUUUCGGCUGGUGAGCUGGCUGCAGGAGAGGGGCGUGCGCGUGCGGAAGGUGGAGUCCAUGCAGUGCCAGUGGCCCGCGGAGCUGCGGAACCAGCCCGUGCUCAACGUCAGCCUCCUCAUGUGCGGGCUGAACUACGCGGCCUGCCUGCCGGACAGCCACACGGGGGUGAAGGAGCUGGUGAUCUUCACCCACUCCUCGCCGGGCAACUACACGCGGGACAGCUGCAACGCGCAGUGCUUCCAGAAGGCGUACCGCUACGGCGGGCUGGGGGCGCAGCGCGAGUGCCUGUGCAGCACCAACUCGGAGCCCAACUUCAUCAGCGAGUCGCAGUGCUCGGCCGCGUGCGCCGACCCGCAGGUGAUGAAGAAGUGCGGCUGGACCGUGGCGCACGACGUCUUCCUCGUGGUCUUCACCGCCUCCUUCCGCCGCCCGCUGCGCUUCUCCGUGCACCGGGAGGCCGCCCUGACGCUCCGCUCGUCCGUGCACCCCGCCGGCCUCUCCUGGGACUUCGGCGACGGGACGCCGCCGGUCAACGCCACGCCCUGGGCCAACGCCACCCAGCUGAGCGCCCGCCACAAGUACGCGCUGCCCGGGGAGUACGCCGCCCGCGUCGCCCUGCGGUCCGAGAGGAAGGACAUCGCCGUCUCCGGGAAGGUGCGCGUCACCCUGCCCCCCCGGCUGGAGCUGGCGUGCCCGCCGGUGGUCGUGGCCAAUCACAGCAUCGACGUCGGCCUGGUCAACUGGGGCGGGGUGGGCGUUGCCGUGGACUGGAGGAUCCUGCUGGACGGACGCGAGGUCGCCAAAGCAAUGCCCCACUGUCCAUCAGAUGGUUUCCUGGAUACAAACUCCUCCCACUGCUACCACCUGAACCCCGAGGAGUCCAGCUGGGCUGAGGCCCAGCGACAGUGCUUCGCCCAGGGCGGGGACUUGGCCGUGGUCAGAACCGAGCCAAUCAGGAGCCUCCUGGCGAGACGUGUCACACAGGAGCGCGGCGUGUGGCUGGGGCUGAGCGACGCGGACACGCCCGGCUCGCUGCGGUGGGCCGACGGCUCGGAGGCCAGCGAGGGGGAGGGCGGGGCGCGGGACAGGGCCACGCUGGUGAGCGGGAACGUCUGCGUGUCGCUGGACGCCGGCGGCCUGGCCAGCUCCCACCCCUGCAGCACCACGAGGGCCUUCGUCUGCGAGUUCAGGCCGCAAGUGCGCUUACCCGACGCCGGAGUGUUCAUGGCGGGCAGCGCGGUCUUCCACGCGCAGAGACCCCUCUCCGUCCCCGCGGCCCCGACGCCCGGCCUGGAGGCGCCCGCAGCACCCGUGGAGCUCCUCAUGUUCCCAGCCAUGGCCUUCCUCCAUGACGCCCGGCUCUCCUCCCUGGAGUUCAUCACCCAGGACCUGAGCCGGGGUGCCCAGGUGCGAUUCCAGGUGUACAGGCCGCAGUGCCCGGAGCUGGGCCAGCACCUGCUGCUGCCAGGUUGCGGAGACCUCUGCGCCCCCAUCGCCGUGUGCCAGGACGAGGAGGCGAACGGCACCGUGGAGGUCUGCCCGUCCCGUCAGCAGUGGUGCCCCUUCCAGGGGCGCUGUCUCCCCCUCGGCAGUCCCUGCUCCCCCACCUCCUGCGUCAACUGCUCCCGGGCCCCCCUCCUCCCGCUGGAGGUGUACCAGCCAGAGUACAGCCUGGUGGAGGAAGUCCUCUUCACCCUGACACCGGGAGCCUCCAGACACCAGCUGGUACAAGAGCAGAUUUCGGACAUCUUUGUGGCGGAGGGUGACUUCAUGGCCCUCCAGCACGACGCCGGUCCUGGGGCCCUGCUCCAGUGUGGCCUGGACCCCGCCUCCCCCUGGCGCCAAAGCCUGCUGGUGCUCAACGACACCGACUGGAUCAACGGCACCUCCGUCGACGUGGCCGGCAACAGCAGCGCCUGGGCCGAGGACCGCGCCUGCCUGCUCAGAGUGCUGUACACGGGGCAGGAGGAGACCCCCGUCCCGGGCCCGCUCCUCCAGGCUGGGCUCCCCAAUCCGGGAGAUUAUACCUUCCAGGUGACGUCCGACGACCCGGAUUUCCCCAGCCGGGCGUCCUGUCCGAUCCGCGUGGUGCCGCCGCUGGGCCUCACCGUCAUCUACCCCCCCAGCCAGAACGGGACCAUCUACUUCCCCGCCAACCAGACCUUCCUGCUGGCCAAAGUGCGGUCCUGGCACCGGGCCUGGGCGAGCUGGCAAGGGGGCAACCAGUCCGUGCCCUUCCUGGCGUCCUGCCCGCCCGACCUGGCGCCCGUGGUCGGGGAGUGCCGGUCCGACCGCCACAACGACACCCUCUUCGUCUACGUGGACCUCCGGCUGGGGGGCACCCCGGCCGGCCCCGUGGUCCUGACCGCCCGCAGCGAGGUCGCGUCCGCUAACCUGACGGUGCAGGUGAGGGUGGAGGAGCCGCUCCGGGGCCUGAAGGUCACGCCCCACCCCAACCACAGGGUGCUGAUGGAGGUCAUGGUGAAGUACUCGGCGGAGGUGGAGGCGGGCUCCGACCCCAGCUUCAAGUGGACGGUGGACGACAAGCCCCACUUCACCUACUACAACACGGUGCUCAACGUCAUCUACCAGAACGCCGCCGUCUACAAGCUGUCUGUGACGGCGAUGAACCACGUGAGCGACCUGACGGAGCACUACAACGUGACAGUGGACAGGAUGAACCCCAUGGCGGACCUCACCGUGAGGGGCGUCCCGGACAUCGUCACGCAGGGCUCCGCCCAAACCCUCUCCGCUUCCGUCCUGGUCGACAUGUCGGUGGACGCCGCCUUCCGGUGGUCUUUCGGAGAUGGAGGUUACCAGGUCUACCACUUCAGACCUCCCUACAACAGCUCCCUGCUCACGCCUGACCCCCAGGCCCACCAGGUCACCUUGCGGCAGAAUGUUACCUACGUUUACGCCCAGCCAGGAGAGUACACGCUCACAGUCUCAGUGUCCAACACGAAAGAGAACAUGAGCAAGAAGAUUGAAGUGUUUGUGUUCAGCGUGCUGACGGUGGUGGAGAUCGAGACCGACCCUGAGGUUCUGCAGGCGGGCCGGCCCACCGUAUUCGAGGCCCACCCCCUGCCCUCACCCUAUGGCAUUGUCUACACCUGGAAUUUCGGGGAUGGUUCCGCCCCCGUGCAGGGUCGCGAACGCCGUGUCAACCACACCUUCGCCCGCAGUGGCGUCUACAAUAUAUCCGUCUCCAUCAACAACACCAUCAGCUAUACCAGCACCCACGUGGAGAUGCUGGUGUCGGAGGAGAUCCGGGGCUUGUCCGUGUCCUCCACCUCCCCCACCGAGCUCAACACCCCAACGAUCAUCAGCGCCCAAGUGGAGGCCGGCAACAAUAUCACCUGGACCUUCGCGAUGGGCGACGGGAGGGUGCUGACGGUGGCGGAGCCACAGGUGGAGCACAUCUACGUCAAGGACGGCAACUACACGGUGAACGUCACGGCGACCAACGGCAUCAGCUCUUGGUGGGCGUCGCUGGCCGUGCAGGUGUUCAUCCUGGAGGUGCUCUCGCUAGAGCCGGCCGGCUGUGUCCAGGAGCUCACCGAGAUUGACUUCAACGCCUUUGUGUCGGGAAACUCCUCCAUGUAUGUCUAUGAGUGGAGCUUUGGGGACGGCACUGAAAAUGUGACCCUCCGUGGUACCCCAGGCAUCACCCAUAUGUACCCUACUAGUGGCGACUACUACCUCUCGCUCCACCUGUCCAGCAGGGUGAAUAAAGCCAAUUUCUAUGCCUGUGUCUGUGUCCAACCAAUGAUAGUUAAUGUCUCCUUAGUCUCCAAAGGCAGCUACACCUUGCUAGGAGAAGAGACCAGUUUCACCGUUAGUGCCUUCCCGGUGUUUGAAUAUACCUAUCUCUGGGAUUUCGGCAUCAAUGAUUCGACUGUUCGAGGACACAAGGACAUGUCCUUUACCUACAGAGAUCCAGGACAGUACCUGGUGACUGUCACAGUCCUCAACAACAUCUCCUUCAGCAACAGCACCACCUUAAUCGAGGUUCAGGAGUCCGUGGGCCUUGUUGUCAUCCAGCACAAUGGUACCAAGUCCAACAGCCUGGCCCUGCACCAGCUGUACACUUUCUCGGCUUCGGCGGAUGGCUCAAGCGUAGACUACAUCUGGGACUUUGGGGAUGGGAGCAUCCUGACUGGUGGUAAUGUCACCCACGCGUACAACGCCUCUGGUGACUUCAACAUCAGCCUGAUGGGGAGUAACCAAGUGAGCAGCAACCACACCGAGCUCUCUGUGUCUGUCAUCACACCCAUCCGGGGCCUGACAGUCAACGCCAGCCUGAUCAACGUCCCCCUCAAUACCUCUGUCCACUUUGAGGCACACCUAGAGCAAGGGGACAAUGUGGAAUACUCCUGGAUCCUGUGUGACCGCUGCACCGCCAUUCCCAGUACCCACACCAUGUUCUACACCUUUAGGUCGGUGGGGACAUUCAACGUCAUCGUCACAGCAGAGAAUAAGAUCAGCUUUCUGCAGGCCAGCAUUUUCAUCUUUGUCCAACGGGAACUGGAGGGUCUGCAGAUUGUGGCAGAGGAGCUGGGUGAAGGCUGCUGCUUUGCCACCAACAGGGUCCUCCACCUGCAGGCUGCUCUCCGGGAAGGUACCAACAUGUCCUUCAGCUGGAGCCUCCUUAGGAACCAGGAGAAUGCCACCAACCUGAGUGGGAAGACCAUAGAUGUCAACUUCUCCCAGCCAGGCCCUUGCAAUAUCUUCCUCAAGGCCACCAACCUCCUGGGCCAGAUUGGCGUCAACAGGACUAUCGAGUUUCUGGACCCAGUUGGCAGUGUAAGCCUGCAAGCUGCUCCCAACCCCGUGGCAGUCAACCGCUCAACUAACAUGACGGUCUCUGUGAGUAGUGGUUCGGAUCUGAGGUACCGUUGGUCUCUCGAUGGAGUCCCCCUGCCUUGGUUUUCUCCUUCAGUCCAACACAGAUUUGUCAACCCCGGCCUCAAGCUGGUGAGUGUGGAGAUCUCCAAUGAGGUGAGCUCAGAGAUGACCUCAGAGUGGAUCAGCGUACAGGAACCCAUUUCAGGGGUGGCUUUCACUGCCACGGAGGUCACAGAGCAGAAUUUUGUGGCCUCCGGCACCACUGUGCUCCUGCAGGGGGACUAUCAAGUUGGAACUAAUGUCUCCUGGACGUGGUACCUCCCCAACACGGUGAAAAUGGGCCAGCAGGUGACCUGGUUGUUUCCCACUGCAGGGGUUUUCACGGUCACCCUGAAUGCUACAAAUGACAUCAGCGCAGAAGCCACCUCACAGGACUUCACAGUGCAGGACAGGGUUGAGGGCCUGGAGCUGAAGGUGAACAAGAGCAUCGUGGCAUUACGGGAGAAUGUGGAGUUCAACAUCGGCAUCUCUGCGGGGACCUCCGUGAGCUUCAUCCUGACCAUCAGCGGCGACGCCACAGUGGAGCUCCAGAACCUCACCUACACCCACCAGUUCACUCGAGUGGACACCUAUGUGGUCAACCUGACGGCCCACAACCAGAUCAGCUCGGAGAGGGCGAGUAUUAUUGUCAAGGUCAUGGAGCCGAUCAGCAUGCUUACCAUGGUCAACUGCUGUGAGGCCGCCAUCCCCGUGGGUGUCAAGAAGUUCUUCAGCGCUGAGAUACAGACAGGAAACCGCGUCACCUUCCUGUGGACUUUCGACCUGCACCACGGGACCAAGACGUCCCUGAUUGGGAAAAAGGUGACCUACACCCCAGAAAAGUCAGGUCAGCUGACCAUAUACCUGGGUGCAGUCAAUGCCCUGGGGUGCCAGAAUGUGACCAAGGUCAUACAGGUUCAGAACGUCCUGAUCUCUGCCACCUUGGAGGCUAACCCUCGGGACACCUUUAUCAAUAAGACGAUCAGCCUGCGUGCCUUGGCGUCCCCCAGAGGCACCCCGGCCUUCUACCAGUGGAACUUUGGGGACGGCACGGGGAGGCAGAACACCAACUCGCCCAGCAUUAGCCACUCAUACUCCCAGCCUGGGAACUAUGUGAUCCAGGUGAAUGUCAGCAACCUGGUGAGCUGGGUCAUAGCGCAGGUCGCCGUCAACAUCCGGGUGCUGGAGUGCGAGGAGCCCGAGGUGCGGCUGGUCAACGCUCCCCGGCUGACUGUCCGUCGGCCCCAGGCCAACCUGGUGGAGGCCAACGUCGACCUGAAGGGCUGUGUCCGGUACGGCGUGGAGUACCUGUGGGAGAUCUUCCCCUUCCCGCUCUCCGACGCCCCCCGGGGGCAGGACAGGGUCCCUCUACCGGCCGAGUUGGACACCAGGAGGCUUCAGCUCUCCAUCCCCAAAAUGGCGCUGGAGCUGGGUAACUAUAGCCUGGUCUUCUCCCUGACGUACGAGGGCAUCCCCCUGCGGAAGACUGCCUCGUUGCAGCUGAGCGUGAUAGCCGGGAAGCUGGUGCCCAUCAUUGAGGGCGGCUCCUACAGGGUCUGGUCCAAGACCCAGGACCUGCAGCUGAGCGGAGAGCAGUCGUACGACCCCAACCUGGGCCCAGAGAGCCAGACUCUGCUGAACUACCUGUGGGAGUGUACCAACACGUCAAAGGGCCCGGACCGCUGCUCCAGUCUGACUUUCAGCUCGGGUUUGGGGUACAACGAGCCGGUGCUGGGCAUCCCGGGGAGGGAGCUGGAGGCCGACCUGGCCUACACCUUUCGGCUCACCAUCAGCAAAGAGGGCACGGGCCGGGAGUCCACCACACAGAUGGUGCUGGUGCAGAGUGGCAGGAUCCCCAUGGUGUCCCUGGAGUGCGUGUCCUGCAAGGCCCAGUCCAUCUACGAGGUCAGCCAGAGCUCCUACGUCUUCCUGUCCGGCACCUGCAGCAACUGCCAGGCCUCACACCGUGGGCGGUGGACGGCGAUGACCCUGCAGAACGAGUCCCUGGUGCUGGACACCAGCAGCACCACCACGGGGAACGACGGGAUGAACCUGGUGCUGCGGCAGGGCGUGCUGCGCGACGGCAACUCCUACGUCUUCAGCCUCCACGUGGUGGACGACCUCAUGGACCGGGAGGGCGUGGCCUCCAUCGUGCUCCGCCACAACAUGCCCCCUACUGGCGGCUCCUGCGCCCUGCGGCCCAGCGCCGGCCGGGUCCGGACGCUCGUCGACAAAGUGCAGUUCUCCUGCACGGGGUACACGGACUCGGACGACCGGGAGACGCCGCUGCUGUACAGCCUGCUGGUGAGGCGCUGCUCCAGGGCGCAGUGCGAGGAGUUCUGCGUGUACAAGGGCACCAGCCGCGAGCACGCCGUCUUCCUGCCGCCCGGCUUCCUGCCCAGCCGCAGCGUGGACGUGUUCGUCAUCGUGGAGGACCACCAGGGGGCGGCCAUCACCGCCUUCAACGACUCCAUGGAAGUGAUUCUCCCAGAAGCCCCCGCUGGCUACGACAGCCUGGUCCACUGGCUCUACAACCUGACCAGCACCACCCUGAGGGACCUGCUGAGGCAGGGAGACCCCCAGCGCGUCAGAGAGCUCUCCCUGGCCCUCAUCACCGUGCUCAACGAGUACGAGCAGGUCAUGCCCACAGCCGCGGUAAGCAGGGCCGAGAGGCAGCUGAGGGUGAGCGUGCGCAGCAACAUCACCCGCGCGCUGACCGCCCUCGACCUCAACACCGUCAACGACAUCCAGCAGACCUCCGCCGCACUGGCGCAGUGCACGGCGGUCAGUCGGGAGUUCCUGUGUGAGGAGUGUCAGAACAGCACGCUGAACAAGCUGGAGUCCAUGCUGGAGAUUCUGCAGGGCGACACCAAACAGGGCACGGUCACCCCCACCGAGAUCGCCGACAACAUCCUCAGCAUCGUGGGUGACCUGAUCCACCAGGUGAGCCAGUCCCCUCCCGAGCCGGAGCCGGAGGAGAAGCUGUCGGCGCUGAGCGAGCUGCAGCCGCUGCGCGUGGCGGCCAAGGCCUACAACCUGUCGUCGGAGCUGAUGCGCAUCCUGAUGGCCUCGCGCGUGCUCAACGAGGAGGCGCUGGUGCUGCGCUGCACCAAGAUGACGGCCACGGGCAAGCGGGCCGACCCGCAGAGCCUGCUGUGCUACCGCGACGGCGGCGACUGCCUCUUCAGCAUCCCGCCGGCCUUCAACGGCAGCCUGGGCCACGUGUCGCGCGUGGUGCAGCUGCUCUUCCAGGUGGAGUCCAACCCCUUCCCCUUCAACUACGUCAGCAACUACACCGUGUCCACCGAGGUGGCCUCCAUGGAGUUCCAGACGGAGAGCGGCGCCCAGAUCCCCAUCGCCCGGCUGGACGACAGCCAGGCCAUCACCGUCACCGUGGCCAACAACAGCGCCCACGCCCACGCCCACGCCGCGCCCGAGCGGCUGCUGGCGGGGGCCGCCAACGUCAGCCACUGCAGCUCCGUCAUCGUCAAGGUCAGCGCCGGCAACACCAACCGCCACGCCGGCCUCCACGUCCGGCUCUCCUUCAGCCCGCUCGACGGUGACGAUGGCCCUGAGGAGACUGAGGAGGACCCCUCCAUCGAUGCCUACUUGCACGACUCCGCCUGGCCCAACGAGUACAACUGCAGCCAGAGGAAGCACAUCAGUCAGAGCAUGCUCAAUGGCCUGGACCACAAGCUCUACACCUUCUUCGUUUCUCCACAGUCACAUGACACCACGCUGGACUACUACGUGAACGUGUCGACGGGGUGCGGCGCGGGCUCCCCCGGCGUGCGGCUGGAGGUGGGCGUGUUCUCCUCGCUCUGCCAGUACUUCAGCGAGAGCGACAGGGUGUGGCGCACGGACGGCAUGGUGCCCCUGGCCGAGACCACGGCCGACCGCGCCGUCUGCGUCACGCAGCACCUCACCUCCUUCGCCGCCAGCCUGUUCGUCCCGCCGGAGUCCGUGCAGUUCAUCGUGCCUAACCGAUCGUCGGGCCUCAGCCUGGUGGUGCUGCUCACCUGCGCGGUGGGGCUGGUCUGCUACGCGGUGGCGGCCGCCGUCCUGCACAAGCUGGACCAGCUGGACCUGCGGCGGGCCGCCGUGGUGCCGCUCUGCACCACGGCCCACGUGGGCAUCAGCCUGUACGGCAGGGAGAGCCGCAGCGGGCACCGCCACCUGGACAGCACCGGCGCCUUCGCCCGGAACGGCCUGGACAUCUUCCACAUUGCCACGGAUACCAGCCUGGGCAGCGUGUGGAAGAUCCGCGUCUGGCACGACAACAAGGGCCUCAGUCCUGCAUGGAGGCUGCAGUAUGUGCUGGUGAAGGACCUGCAGACCGGAAGCUCCUAUUACUUCCUGGUGGAGGAGUGGCUGUCCGUUGACAACGAGAAGACGGACGGGAGGGUGGAGAUAGAGGUGGAAGCUUCUGCGGAGGCGGAGCUUCGGCAGUUGCCCCGCCUCCUCUCCUGGGAGCUGCAGCGAUCCGUGUCCGAGAGUCACAUCUGGCUGUCUCUGUGGGACCGCCCGCCCCGCAGUCCCUUCACCCGCCUGCAGAGGGCGACCUGCUGCUCCGUGCUGCUGCACCUCUCCCUGCUGGCCAACGCCGUGUGGUACGCGACCGUGGUCGACAGGACCAGGAGCUCUGCAGCAGUGUCCAGGCUGGCCACGGUCAGCGGGGAGACAUUGGCGGCGGGACUGGUCAGCUGCAUGGUGGUGUACCCUCUCUACCUGCUGGUGCUGUGUCUCUUCAGGAUGGCCCGCAGCAAGGUGUCAGUGGAGCAGCUGCCUCCCCAGGUGGAUCAGGAGUCACUGGAAAUUGACGACAUCCUGGACAACUCCAUGGCAGGCAGCUCCUUCCUCAUCUUAAACGGUGUCCCCGGAGAGACGUACUCCGAGGAGACCAACAUAGACCUGCCGACUCCGUCGACAAAGAGCCUGCAGCGGUGGGGCGUGGGGGACAGGGAGCGGACGGGGAACUGGCCGGACCUGCUGAGUGACCCAGCGCUGGUGGGGGCGGCGCUGCCCCGACUGAAGAGGGGUCAGGGCAGCCGGCACCUGGGGGUGGACAUGGCCCUGAGCCCCGAGGAAGAGGAGGCGGUCGCCUACUCCCACAGGAACAAGUACUUCACCUCCUCAGACGAGGAUCUGAUCAAGCGCAUCUUGGCGGACGGGCAGCUGCAGGUGUCCCGCCUCUGCGACCCCCAGCAGUUCUUCUCGCAGACGGACAGCGAGAUGGCAGACCUGUCCAGUAUUUUCGGGGAUAAGACGGAAGUGAUCCUCCUCCAGAAGCUGAAUGAACCUCUUCCCCCCGGGGCCGUGAGGAGGGACCCGCCCAAGACCGCCUUCACGUCCCGCACAGUAAUGGCGGACGUGUGUCGGCAGCGGCGGUUUCCCCCCUGGUGUGGCCAGGCGGCGCUGUUGGGCAGCUGGGCAGUGCUGGCGCUGUCCAGCGGCCUGGCGGUGUGGCUGGGCCUGGGCUUCAGUGAGAAGGUGGCUCUCAUGUGGCUCAUCUCGGUCAUCAGCAGCUUCCUGGCCUCCUUCUUCAUCCUGGAGCCCCUGAAGGUGCUGUUGGAGGGUCUGUACUUCGCCCUGGUGGUGCGGAGGCUCCGGCCGGAGGAGCAGGACGUGCUGGUGGAGAGCCCCCGCGUGGAGCACAUCAGCCAGCGCAUCCCCAGGGUGCGGCCGCCCCAGGGAUUCGCCCUGUUCCAGGCCCGGGAGGAGGCGCGCAAAGUGCGUGUGCUGCACUCCAUGCUGAAGAACUUCCUGCUGUACAUGCUGUUCCUGCUGGUGGUGCUGCUGAUGAACUACGCAGACUCCAGCCGGGACGCACACAGUCUGCAGCUGCGCAGUCAGCUGCGGCUCCGCCUCCACACGCCGGACUUCAACAGCAUCGCCAGGCGGGAGGAGGUGUGGGCGUGGCUGUCCCAGUCUCUGCUGCCCUUUCUGCUGGACAGACAGGCCCUGAUGCGAGAGACCGGCAGCCUGCUCCUGGGGGUCCCCCGGCUACGACAAAUCCGGGCCAGUCAUGGCUGUCCCAGUAUGGAACACGUGACUAGUGACUCCUCCUGGGGUGGGUGCGCUCAUUUUGGCUCCGCCCCCGAGAACAGAACUGUGGGCUUUGGGUGGACAGGGGCGGGAUCCAACCUCACCCAGAACUGGACCGCCAAGCCAGCCGGUGCCACGGGGGCGUGGCACUGGGGACAAGCCUCCAUCUACGACAGCGGGGGCUACGUCCAGGACCUGCGGGGGUCUGCAGAGUCGUCAGAGUCCGUGAUCCGAAACCUGGAGAGACACCAGUGGCUGGACUCGCUGACCCGGGCUCUGUUCGUGGAGUUCUCUCUCUACAACACCAACACAGACCUGCUGGCGGUGCUGACCUUCCUGCUGGAGUUCCCCUCCCCCCAGGGGGCGCUGUCCAGCCUGGACCUGAAGACCUGCAUCCAGCACAGGCUGAGCGCCGGCCUGGACCUGCUGCUGCUGCUCACGGUGUUCCUGCUGGCGUUCGUGCUGUACUUCUGCGUGAGGGAGGGCGUGAGGGCCCGCAGGGAAGGGCGCGGCUACUUCCUGCGGCCGUGGAACGCGGCGGGGGCGUGCAGCCUGGCGCUGUCCCUGGGUGCAGCCGCGCUGCACCUGAGCCGCGCCGCGCUGGCCGACCGCCUGUGGGAGGCGCACCUGCGCCGCCGCCGCGCCUUCACCGACUUCUACCCGCUGGCCCUCCAGAGCCAGGCCUUCGCCCAGCUGUCCGCGCUGCUGCUUUUCCUGCUGGUGCUCAGGGCCGCGCAGCAGCUGCGCUUCCUGCGGGAGUGGGCUGUGUUCGGGAGGGCCCUGCGCCGCUCUGCCGGGGAGCUGCUGGCUGCAGCCGCGGCGCUGCUGGUGCUGCUGCUGGCGUACUCACACGCUGGGCAUCUGCUCUUCCACUCGGUGCUAGACGGCUACGGCAGCGUGGGCUCGGCGUGCCUGACCCUGCUGGGGGCAGGGCGGGGCCUGUUGUCCUGGCGACCGGCCGGCCCCGCCUGCUCCGCCUGCUGCCUGGCCUAUCACGGCAGCUUCUCGCUGCUGCGCCUGUGGCUGCUGUGGCUGGUGACGUCGGCGCUGCUGCGGAACUACCGUCGGGCCCGCGCCGAGCUCUACCGGCCCGCCAUCGAGUCCCAGGACUACGAGAUGGUGGAGCUCUUCCUGCGCCGCCUCAAGAUGUGGAUGGGCCUCAGCCGGGCCAAGGAGUUCCGGCACAAGGUGCGCUUUGAGGGCAUGGAGCUGCCCCCGUCCCGCUCCUCCUCCACCAGCGACUGCAAGUCCCUGUGCCUGCCGCCGCUGGACACGCCCGAGGCCCCGCCCACCCCGGACAGCGUGGACGCCGGCUCCGAGGCGUCCUGGAGGCCCACGUCCUGCAGCCCCUGCAGCCUGGGGGAGGGGCCGGGCCUGGGGCCGGUGGGCGGGGCCGCCUGGCGGGAGAGGGCGGAGGCGGACGCCACGCUCCGGCGGCUGCUGCCGGCCUUCGACUCGCUGCUGCUGCAGCUGGACCGGGUGACGCAGGCCACCGAGGAGCUGUACCGCGCCGAGUGCCGGCUGGAGCGGGCCCAGCGCCGCCGCCGCCGCCACCGCCGGAAGCGCGGCCACAGGGACCCUGCGGGACGGAGGCACCACGGCAACAAGGGCGCCCACGGGACGCGGCUGCCGGAGGCCACGCCCCCCAGCGACCCCGCCCCGGACCCCGCCCCUGGUCCGGCCCCCGACCCCACCCCUGCCCCUAACCCCACCCCCGCCCCUGCCCCUGCCCCUAACCCCGCCCCCCGGCAGCGCGAGUGGGACGGCCCCCGCGAGGCCGAGCCCAUCCCCUCCAGCCUCUUCCGCCACCCGGCGCACACCACCACCAUCCCCACCCGAAAACGCAAGCCCCCGCCCCUGAAGAACAAAGUGCACCCCAACACGGACGUGCACGUCUCCGGGCACCCCAAGCCCUGAGGCCGGCCGGGGGCCAGCGUCGCGGGGAACCCAAGGCCGCGGAAACGAGGAGGAGGAGCGCCGAGAAGGAGGCGGGCUCUCGGGCGAGGGGUCGGAGAACGCCCGCCCCCCCUCCCCCCCCCGAAAAAUCACUCAAGGAAGACGAGACGGCGGCGGCAGCGGGUCCUGCCGCCGGGCGCUCGUCAGGAACAUUCCGGAAGGUAGAGAGAAGAUACUGUUCCUAAUCACGGCCUUUACACAAAGGACCCAGGAAGGCACCUCAGGCCUAGUCAACACUAAGCAGCUGGCCUAAUUACGAACACUUGGCCACCAGUGAGUGCACUGGUGUCUCAUGGGAUGUGGUAGCAAGGUGCAGGACGCCAGCUUCACAACCCAACCCCCCUCAACCCCCACCCCCCACCCCCGCCCCCCCGCACCCUUGUGACCCUGGAGGUCCAGGGUGAUUGACAAAGCAUUCAUUGUGCUUACAAAAAACACACAAAAAAACAAUGAGAAAGAAAAAAGAACUUACAAGGAGAGACUCGUUGUGUGUACAGCUAUCGGCAUUGCUUUAAGAUGUACCAGUUUUAUAUUUGAUUGUUAUUGUUUUUGCUGUCGUUUUCAAUGAGCUAAGGAAGCUGUUGUCAGGUCGCAAAUAUGUUGUAGUAACAGUGUGUUCAGAAGCAGAGAUAUGUCAAAUCACACAAGCCAUACCUUCACACUCAUGCACACACACACGCAUAUAAACACAUGCUGAGACUCUAAAUCUAGCAGAGUGCUUUGCUUCGUCUCAUGAUUGCAUUAUGCUCUGGUCUUUCGAUGCUUGCCUCCCAGAGGCAAGACAAGAACAAACAUAACCUCCCGGGACUGCACUGCAGAUAGGGAGAAAGAAAAAUUGUGAGAGCAAGUGAGAGAGACAGAGAGAAAGAGAGAGAGGUGGAGGUCUUUGUCAGGCUAAUAAGGGGUUACACAUAAUGCUAAGCCUUUCAGGAGAACACCAUGCUAGGGAAGGCUGACAUCAGUCACCUGGGGGUUAGCAAGAUUACAGCUGUUUCCCAGAUCUCGCCAGCUUCCAUCCCUCUCCACAGACCUCCAGCUAAGGCUCUCUCCCAGUGCCACAGCACCAUAGAAGAAGUUUUUUUUUUUUUUAAACACACACACAACCUGACCAGUAGGGUAGAACAAAUGAAAAAAAAAAAAAAACGAGGGUACAUCAUUUUUUUGUUUCUUUCAUUUGCUUCAAAGAUGGUUCUGAAUCUAAUUUAAAAGCACUUUUAGUAAUAUAUAAAGAGUAAUAAGCUUAGUGUGGUUACCGUCUGGUGUGGCCAUGCGCUUACAUUUUCCAAGUAGAGUUGCCAAAGCUUGCAUAAUCAUUUUACAGCCAGAGUGGUCUUAAGUUAAAAGUUGUCUUUUGUACCUAGCACUUUAUUUGUAUGUAAAGCUGUUAUAUGAUGCCAUAUUUAACUCGAAAUGUUUUUGUUUUUUUUGUGUUGAUUUUUAUUUUCAAACAGCUAAAAAGAAUUAUCCUCAUUGAGUAUUAUACAUGAAGUGCUUCAGGAUAUUGUGCCAUUAUCGUUGUAAAUCGCGUGACGUUUAUGUUUGGUUUUUUUCUGCCCUUAGCAGAACUAUGUUUGAACUCUGCAGAACUCCCACAGGCAUUAUGGGUACUCUCACCUUGUCUCAGGGAUCCAACCCUAACCCCCUCCCUCAACCGUCAUUUCAUUGCAUUUCUGGCCAACGGAGGACAUUUACGCGGCGUCAGGGUGGAACUGGAAGAGGCGUGCCCUUCACUCCCCUCUGAUGUCUCAGCCCAGCCGCAGUUCAGUAACCGCCUGAAUCCCUGAAUGUGCAGGACAGUGCUGGGCCAGCUUUUACAGGACGUCCUCACACAGAGAGGCGUUCCUUAAACUCGGCUGCCCGGCUGUACCUGCCCAACCCCGACCCAAACCGUUACCUAACCCCCAACCCAAAACCGUUACCCAACCCCGACCCAAACCCCAGCCCAAACUGUUACCCAACCUUCAACCCAAACCGUUAGCCAACCCCCAACCCAAAACCGUUACCCAAACCCCCUCCCCGUGCCAGAUCACAGCACGACCAUCAGUCCCUCAGCAUCACUAAAGCAAAGUCUUUUUUUAAAGCUUAUUUUCCUUUACUAUUACAUCUUAAGUUAAAAAAUUUGUAGUCAAUGUAUAUUUGUACAUAUUGAUGGACCCCGUUGUAAAUAUUUCUUUCCUUACAUUGGCUAUAAGGUCACAGCACUGACUAAAGUUGUUUUAGUUGUACUCCACGGACUGACCAGACUUCAGUAUUUUCAAACGCGGAAAAGACUUUCCACACCAAGGUUCCCAGCGGAGAUGGAGUUUAUGAGCUAACCGUUAUCAGCGCACGCACGUGCGACAUUCCCCACCCGCGAUGUCACCCAAAGAAACGUCCGUGUUUGGCCAGCAAUGACAUAAAUCGCUACGUUUUCUUCUUUAAUCGUAUGGUACGCGAUUACUUUUUAGUUGCAGCGACAAGCAACCAGAGAUGAGAAGGUUUUGGGAUGUUUUGUAUGUGCAGUUUCGUGACGAAAGUAGGAAGCGAGCUUUUUUUUAUUUUUUAUAGUGGAAUUUAAAAAAAGAUGUUUUAAGCAGUAUUAAGGAAAUUAACGGGUCUCUGAAGAGUCCAGACGGAUGGUACAAACAGCACAUUGAGCUGACUGUAAAGAAGGCGAAAAUGCCGUUUCUUAGUGUCGCGUUAAGUCCUCAAAUAAAUCAGGGAGUUAAAAAAAAAAAAAGUAGAAUAAGAUGAAGGCUUACAGACAGCCAACACAACAUUGUGCCAAAGCCAACUUGCAUGAUGAGGAAUUGCUUUUUUUUUUUUGUUGUUGUAUUUUUAAGCAAGUCUUAUUAUGGCAAAGCUGUUAUAUGCAUUCAAGUUAUGUUUUUUGUGUCUUGUUGCGUUUUUUUUUGUUUUGUUUUUUUUUGGUUUUUUGUAUUCUACCUUACGUGUAGCACUUCACCUGCUUUGCACUUGACAAAGUCAAAUAAAGAGUUUGACAGCUA